AGCGCCAUCUCAACAAUGAUCGACAAGCAUCAAUGAUUCAGCAGCCUCGUGCCAGUCUCUUCGCUCCCUCGUCUUCUGUUCACUCUACCCUGUGCCCUCGCCAUCCAUUUCGUGACGACGUAGUGCGUUCGCGCAGCUCUGUGUAACCGGAUGGGGUCACAGAGGUUGUCACUGGCCAUCAUUGAAAGAUCGCUUGAGCUCCACCGACAAGGUCGAGUCGUAGUAGCUCCCAUCGUCUUUGUUGCUGCGAAGACCGCCCGUCGAUGGUCGCGACAAGCGAGGGAGCGCCCUGCUCUCAUCCGUCCGCCUGCCGCUGCACUCGCUCGCAUCAUCGGUCCAGGGCGGAUCAUUGGUCAUGGUGGCCAUAGCGAGCCGCACCUCGGUGCCUGCUCGCUGCUCGACGAUAGGGGGUCAGCUUCUACCUUUCUCGUCAAUGUCAGGCACGAGAGUGCGGACCUCAUCUUCCCUGUGCGAGGCAGCGUGGGCUGGCAGCCCCCUCGUCGCGCCCUAUUGCUCUCGCGUCGCCGUGCUCAGCAUCUUUCCAAUCUAUCCAUCACUCCCCUCAUCGCCUCCGUCACCCUCACCACUCCUCCUACUCCGUCUCCCAUUUUCUCUCCCUCCUUAUCGCCAUACCCUUCAGCGGCACAGCCCGUACCCACCACUUCUCUCCCCUCGCGCCCUCCACCAGCGUCCUACUCCGUCGUCGCUCUUCGCCUCAUCACCUUCGCACAAGGCGCUUGGCCCACGCCACCCAUUUGUCGUGCCUGCGCAGACUGACACGCCCUCUCGGUGAGUGCUCAGCCUCAUGAUGGAAUGUCAGAUGCUCCUCAGCUCAUGCGCA